CCAGAGGGAGUGACGGAGCGUCGUGCGCCGCAGCUUUCUCCGGGGUACCCGCGCCGAGGCCGCGAUGUCGGGGCACUCUCGCCCGCUGCUCUGGGCGGCCGCCUGCCUGGCCGCACUCUGUGUGCUGACCGCGGCUCAGAGCACCGCCGUGACCCCGAACACGACUCAGCCUGCGAGUUCAGAACCUACCAAGCCGACCCCCACGGCGGCGCCCACCCCCUCGGCGGCGCCGACCCCCACGGCGGCGCCGACCCCCGCGGCGGUCACCACCCCGGUACCAGAACCCUGUGAAAGCCACAGCUGUGUUUCCUGUGUUAAUGCUAGCCGUGAUAAUACUUCCUGCUUUUGGAUAGAAUGUAAAACAGCAGAGAAAAGCCACUGUUCACAAAAUUCAUCGAAAGUUGGUGAUUGCCAGUUACUAAACAGUACAGACCAGUGUUCUGUAGUGCCUACUCCUCCAUUGCCAACCCAUUCUACAGCUAAAACCACAACUCUGCCUUCCCCUUCUACAACUUCUCCCAUAACUACUACAUCAGGUACAGCUAAUACCACUUUAACUCCACAACCUAUGCGGAAAUCUACCUUUGAUGCAGCCAGUUUCAUUGGAGGAAUUGUCCUUGUGUUGGGACUGCAGGCUGUAAUUUUCUUUCUCUAUAAAUUCUGCAAAUCUAAAGAACGAAACUAUCACACUCUGUAAACAGACUAAUUAAAUUAGCAAGAACGGACGUGUAACUCACUGAAACCAAAAUAUUAUCUCAAGAUGUCCCACAUGGAAGACGAUAUUCCAGGAUCUUUAAAUUUCCAAAGGAUGCAUAUAGGAUAUUUGGAGCAUUGUCUUUGAGGAAGAAUCUGUUAAAUCAUUUUGCUCAACAGGAAUAUUUAAGAUAUUCUGCAUGAAUCCUUGUGGCUGUCUUCUUUUAUUUUAAAUGGCUGCUGCUGUGGGAUUAUGUUCUCUUCUUGACAUGCCAAAUGUAACUUUCUGUAAGUGAUGGAAAAUAUUGUUCUGCACAGGCAACCUCAUGACUCUUCUGGCAGUUUAAAUUUAGUCCUUUUAAAUCUUGAAAGCUGCAUUAUUUUUACCCUAACUCAGGAUGUAGUUUAGUGACCAGAACUGAGAAGAAAGUGCCAAAUGAGCUUCAAUCAGGUGGAUUUUUGGCUAUCAUUUCAAAAGUGGAAUAAAUUUAUAAAUUUAGUAUCCUUAGAGUAAACUGUAUCCUUAGAGUAAAAAUUUGUGAUUGAUAAUAAUUAUUUUUUUUCUACAUUAGAAAUAAGAGGCCACAUAGGGAAUUACAUUCCAGAUUUAAAGAAAUGAAUGGAAAGGAUACAGGCAUUAAAGUAUAGUAGGUUAUUGCUCGUACUUGUAAAGCACCUUAUAUCAUUGAGAAAAUAAAGAACAGUGCCUUAAAAGACAGAAUGAAAGGUAGGCUGUAACUUAAAAUGACUGAGGCUAGAAGUUGGUCUGAGAAUGUAACUUGAUGUGAGCAGUAGUGAAUCUGCUUUUAGGUACCAUGCUGUUAGUAUUCAUUUGAAAACUUACUUUAUCUCAGAGCUGAGUAACUUAAGCUAAAGGGUAUUAUACAAAAUUGAAAGCCGCCUUUCUUAUAGUGAACUUCCCAGUAUUUUUCAUAUGGCUGUUAAAUAAUAAAGAUAAAAUUGAUUUAUAUUUUCCUUUGUGCUUCAAAAAAAGUAUCCUAACACUAUUGUACCUUGAAGGACUUCACCAAGCUUUCUUGAAAAAAUAACUUCUUUGUGAGGUAAGAAAAUAAGUUAUUUUGGAAUGUUUUCCUUGACUUUUUGGGACAGUCAUUUUUUAAGUUUUGAGACCACAGAUGUGACUAGUGUAAUUUCAGAAAAUCAAAGGAUUUUUUUUGGCUUAUCAGAUAACUAUAGAUUUUUAAUGAUUGCCUUGAACGGACGGAUUGUGCUUUUGCUUUUUCUUCCCCCUUUUUCUUAGUUUCAGUUCCUGUAAUAAGCAUGCAUACUUUUAUUUAGUUUGUGAAGCACUACUUUUUUUUGGUUUUAGAGGUAUAUUUCUCCCUUGUCUUUGACACAUUGGAUUAGUUUAGAGGCUUAAAUUUGUUUAAAGUGAAGUUUUGUUUUUCUAGUUCAUGUACGUUUUAUGUUUUAGUUUCUUUAGCCAAUAGUGGCUGAGUGUAGCACUUGGUUUUCAAUAUUUUAUAGUAGGAUAGAACAAAUUGCUUUGGUCCAUUUCAUAAACAAAUUCCUUGCAUUUAGAUAAUUAUAUUAAAGGCUCUUAAAAAUGAAGAUUUACUCUUUCUUUAUUACUUGCUGAUACAGCUGAAGUUUGUUUUACUUGCACAUUUGUACAUAUACCUAAUGUUUUCAAGUGCCUUAAUUGUUUAAAAAUCUCUGGCUUCAAAGGUUUUUGGGGAAAGGUAGGUUUACCUCACAGUUUUGUGUUUUCAUUUCUAGUAAUAAUCUAGGUACCUCACAAAAAACUUUAUUACGGUGCCAUGGCUAUUAGUUUUUAGUGAGUGCUAUAAAAUGUAAGAUUCAUUUGAAAAUAAUUUCCAUUUCUCGCAAAAGUGGCAACAAUUAGCUACAGUGGUAAUAUCUGUCAUUUGCCUAAAUAUGAAUACCUUGCCACACAUCAGUGUCAGCACAUAAACUAUUUUCAUGAGCUGAUGAAGCCUCUCAUCUGUAAUUUUGAAUACUGAUCUAACAAAAUCAUAAGAAAUUAGUUUUUGCAAGUCUACAGAAGAGCUCUUACAACAGAACUUACAGCCGUUCCCUCCACCCCCUUAACUUUAGCAGUUAUCUUGAGCCAUUAAUAAAUAAUUUUUGGGUUUUUUAAAUCCAGAAGGUAUAUAGAAACCUCUUCAGAUUUUUCAUCUGAUAUGUUCAUGCAGAUGUAGUUCUAUCAGAAAUACUUGUUUUACUUUACAGAUAUUUGUUGCACAGACACUGCUGUAUGUAGAAAUUUCUGUUUCAGUUCUUUAGAAACUGUAAAACCAAUCUGUAUCAUGUACCAAACUGAUUUAAAAUAAAACUACAUGUUUAUUGAAUUCACCAGCUUUUUACCUCUUUGGACUGUGAAAUUU